AUGGCCACAGAAAAAGAGCUGGCUCUUGUUGAAUGGCCAAAGAAGAACAUGUAUAUUGAAGAUGUUGCUGAGUUCGCUCAAGUCAUUCUCAUCAUCACUGAGAUGACAUUUGUCUGUGGUUGGCAGCACAUUCAAAUGCUUCUCUUCUUGCAGCUUGCUGCCAUCACUGCCAGCCGUCCCUUGGCAAUCCUCCAUCUUUGGUAUCAAGAUGUCAUGUUAACCCUGAUUCGAGUUUCAGACAGCGGACGCCCCCGAUUGUUCAUAUUCUUAAAACCAGAAUUUACUAAAAGAUUUCUCAGAGAUAAGGCACUGAACGAGUUUAAGAUUUCAGAAAUCAUCUUUGAUUCAACCCUGGUUCUCAGCCUGCAUAUCUGCCUGCUGACUCUGCUCUUUCACAUUGGAGGAUUCAAGUCAAUUUCAACAAGUGAACCAGUGUUGGAUUGCGCAGAGAAACUCUACAGCAUCAAAGUGCUGAAUGGCAAGGGACAGCAGCUGCUACUACUAAAGAAUGAAUUACUGAAUAAGUUUGUGUUUUGCCAGACAGAGUCAACAUUCACCGGAUUUAAAAUUUGCUUUGAAUCAGAGGAUGACUCCAUUCAUGAUGAGUUCUCAGAUGCGCUGAGCUGGUGA